AUGCACAAUGUGGCAUGCACGCAGUAUUAUGCCAGUGUGGGCUCCUCUUUCAACCACCGUCUCUUGAAUGCCCCCGACGCUCCUCUUCUGCCCUCUUCCUUGUCCAUUGCUGCACAAUUUGUGGUGUCAGGCUCAGAUGAAGAAAUGAAACCAGCCUUAGCAGGGCAUAAUCCACUUGAUGACCUUGUGGUGUAUGAUCAUGAGUUUUUCGACACACAUGGCCAACAAAUCCUGUUUUCAGCGGGUCAGGUCAUUCCGGAUAUCACUCGCCAGGACCUUGGUGCAGGGCUCAAAGAGCUCGAGUACUAUGAUCAUGAGAUCUUCGGAAGAGUGUGGACAAGUGAAGACAACACACACGAAACUGUGGCAGAUGACGGAGGUGAUUCCUCUGUGCCCGAGUUCAUUGCAAGACUUCGAGAUGCUGGAGUCAAAGGGGUGCUUGAUUCAGACUGUGAGAGUGAGGAUGGCGAGUCAGUCGAUGAGAGGUGUGAACAUAAUGGUGACUGGGCACCACAUGGCUUCAAAAUGCUCUUCAUGUUGGAUCUUUUGGAUAACCUUCCUCAUCUUCGACUGUCCGAUGAUCAGUUGAGGGCCAUAAUAUGGGUUAUGCCUCAGGCAAGAAUGACAUGCGACAUGGCAUUGAAAACUGAAGCACACACAUCAUCUUUGGGUAAUCAGUUCUACAUGAACCAUCCAUCAACCCUUUUCGCACUGGACUGGGCAAAUCCACUCAUUCGCCCCUUCAUCCAUGUGUAUCCUGAAGCUUCAAAAGUUAUCGGUGAAUUUUGGCAAGCAGCAAAAUGGCUGGAGGAAGUUGAUUAUGAUGACUUGUCUCCAAUGUGGGCGGACUGGGAGAAAAAUUCACACCGACAUUUCUAUGUCAAAGAGCUUGCCCAGCUGGAGACGAGAGAGUAUGUUAUCCCUGUCCGAUGGGUGACAAUUGAAACAAUCGUUCACGCGGAGGUUUACGAUGCCAGCUUUGACGCACAAACUGCCCAUUUCAGUGUAAAUGAGCUCGCAAUGCACCGUAUCAAGGCACGGGAGCUGCAGUAUAAUUUUUUGGAUCUGCAACACCAGCUGACGCAGAUCCACUUUUCAGAUGGUUCAGACACUUGGAAAGUAGUAAUGCCCCAUUUUCUUCGGGCCAUAUCAAAGGGGAAGCCGAUGUUCACGAUUCGUGUCAUGCCAUGGGGUGACGAUGUUUCAGGCAAUGUCACCAAGGUGUACAAUGCACACACUAACAUCUAUGUCACCAACGUGAGCUUGUCUCACUGCAAGAUUGCACAGGAGUAUUUUGUCCGUUUUUCUUCCACCUCUCCACAUGCUUGUGCAUCCGAAUUGUUCACAGCACACUUCCGAGACCUAAAAUCGGACAAGUGGCACCUGGCAUAUGACUGUCAGCUCGAGCAGGAGAUCAUAUUCCGCAUUCUCACUCAUGUACUGCCAGCAGACAACCAACAACAGUCUGAAUCGACCUCAGUUGUUGCCUCCAAAGGAAAGUACAACUGUCAGUAUGAUAAGAUGGGAGGGACUGAGGCUGAGCGGGAAACAAAUGAUGGCUAUCAUGUGCACUUUCAGGCAAGCCCCGCUGCCAUGCAUUCGGGAGAGUGUUAUCUGCUCACACAGCAGUUCAAGGUGGCAUGCCUUGGUGUUCAAGAUGCUGUCGACAAGCUGCAGAGUUCUACCGGGGUCAAGGAUAAGAUUGCGACAUACUGGAUCGAGCAGCUCAUACCGAAAGCACGAGAGCUGCAGCACAUCUGUAUCUCUUCUCGCGCAACUCGGGAUGCCGCGCUCAAUAAUCGCAACCUUAUUGGAGAUGCGCUUGAUGCAGUCAAGCUCCACAUCAAGCGCGAGAUUCAAUCCGAGCUGAUGGAUUGGGUUAUCAGCCAACUGGCAGCCUCCUACAAUUCUCUGCCACCUGAUGUGAUCGGGCGGACGCAUUUGCGCCCUGGUGACCACUUCAAUCCACUGCUCAAGGCAGAUGGUAUCAACCCACACAGCGACAACACGCUGAAGAUUCUUCACACAUACCUUUUAGGCAAUGAUAAGUACAUCUGGUAUGACACAAACAAGAUCUGGGACAAGAAGAAAGAGGAAUUGUUCGCGGUGCGGCUUCAAUCCUCCUCCAUUGACGGCCUCACACUACCAGCUUUGCGAUCUGCCUACAUGGUUCAAUACAAGAAUUCUCUACUCGGAAAGCACUUCAAGGCCAUCCAGCAGCUCACAGCCACCGGAGAGUUGGGAGCUCUCCUUUGGUAUCCCGAGAUCAAGAACAUCGAUGCAUAUCUGAAUGACUUGCAGGUCUUGAUUGAUAAUCUGCUUGACGUGUGGGCGCAGGUUGACCCUCGUCGAAUCAUCAUCAAGAUGAAGCUGCAUGCGCUCAUCCAUCUCAAGGACGAUAUUCGACGCCACGCCCCAUGA